AUGGGGAAUAAAGGAACCAAAGAAAGGUAUGUCUAGUGUUACUUCAAGUGGGACGGGAGUCAGGUUAUCCCAACUCCAGAUUUAACCUUGGACUUUCCCAGUUCAAGCAGAUAAUGGACCAAACUUCUUCAAUGGUUUAAUAAAAGCUGUACUUAUAAAAUGAUGUCGGGAGACAAGGUUUCUUGUAUACUUGGCAUCCUAUGUCUGCAUGCUUUUAAUCUAUAAUAUAUAGCUAUAGAUAUGUAGAUAUAGUUUUAAUUCUAUUAAUGUUUAAAUGUUUUUUUAAUUAUUCUUUUUCUAUGUUUUAACUGUUCUUAUUUUAUCUGUAAGCCACCUUGAGUCCCUGCCAGGGAAAAAGGCUGGGUUAAAUAAUGCGUGAGGAUCUCAAACCUAGAUGUACAGAAGAGGGAUCCUAAACCUGAAGGAUUGUGAUGUUCUACCAUCUUAAGGCUGGACUUCCUUGGGAUGAGGCUGAGGUGUUGGGGAUAAGCCCUCCAUCCACUAGAUGAUGCCGUCCAAUUUGGCUUUCAUGAACUCUAUGCAUUUUUCUAUUAAUUCGUUAUUUCUAUUAAUUCAUUAUCAUAAGGUAGCUUCCUAUGUUAAGUUGUGGGCUCUCCUCAUUAUACUGAAACUUUCCCUUUUCCCUAUUAGCAGGACCAUUUCAUAUCCAGAUGGGGUGUGGGCAUUAUUUCAUAUAAAAAUGGACACCAAUGCAAAGAAAGAAAGACAAUUCCAAUGUCUUGUGUUUGCUACUGUGCUGCGAAUCACUUCAUACACCCAUUCAUGUAAGAGUUUCUGUAUGUAAGAUCAGUUUAUCUCUCUUUGACAUGCCUCUGCCUUAGUAAGACACCCAGAUGAAACAAGGAGUUGGAGAAAUGGGUGCUAAGGGAAAUAGGAAGCUGCCUUGUACUGAUCCGGACCAUCUAGCUCAGAAUUACCUACAAUGAAUAGCAGCGGCCUUCCAAGAGUUUUAGGCAGAGUACUCUCCCAGCCCUUAUUGGAGAUGUUUGGGAUUGAACCUGAAACCUUCUGCAUGCAAAGCAGAUGCUCUACCACUCAGCUAUUGCCCUGAUCUGGGAGAGGUCUUCCCAUCUCAGGUAGGGAACAGAUAUUCAGAAGGGGAAAGCAUUUACAGUACUUGUACACUGUGGCUGAACUCCAUUCUCAAACAGCUUCUCUGGUUCUUAUGUUGCAGCAGAAAGCCUUUGCCCUGCCUGAGGAGAAAGAAAUGCUUUCACAUCAGAAGUGAGUGAGUAGUUACGUCUUUAAGCCUAUUGCAGAGCCUGGCUAGGGGGGCUUCUGGAGCAUCGCUAGUUUGGGGCGGCAUUCAAUCGCACACUGGCAAAGGCAGGUUGUGCAAUUAAAUUUGGUUUGGAGGUCUUGCACAACAAACCCAUUUCCCCCCAAAGACUAGCCUUUCCCCACAUGAUGGGAAAUUGCACAGGAAAGUGUGGAUCACAACUCGCUUGACGCAACGAAGGAAACCAGAAUAAAAUAUUGAUAAACAGGCUGUGUAGAAGUGACCUCCGUCUCCAGAAAAUGACAGCACUGCAGCAGAACUUCGGGCUUUUCAGAUCUACCAGAACCCCAAGAUCUACAAACUAGAGCCUACCAUAACUGAUCUAAUUAAAGAACAGGGUGCCUCUGAGCAAAGGGCUUUGGGGGUUUUUCAGUAUUAGAAAUGAGGUGAUCUUUCACAAAAAAGCGCACUCCUAGUUACCAUAAGCUUUUCUUAUUUCUGCUGCCUAAUUUAGGUGGGGAAAGGUAAUUUUGUUGUUGCUAUUGAAAAUCAGGAAGCCUUGCCCACUGGAUCCUGAUCUACCUUCUGCACACUCCUGCAGUAGGGAUUUGAUCAAGUGAAUAGUUUGAAGAUGCUUGAUGUUUCCAUGCAGCUGAGCAGAGCAGGAUCUAUGAUAUUUGUAGUUUCUCAUGCCUACCUCAAUGUCGUCGUCGUUAUUUUUACACUCAAAUCUUAUUUCUGCUUCUUCUCCCAGUACAAACUGAGGACGUUUCAUCAGUUCAUGAUGAGGUACUGAAAGAUUUUUUCCUGUCCUCUUCAAGAUUGUGUUUAUUAUUUAUAUUUAUAUCCUGUUUUUCCUCUGAGGAGCUCAAAGUGGCAAUAGUUAUUUCCCUUCCCAUUUUACGUUCCUAGUAAGCAAACCCGUCUUUGCAGGAAACUUGAGUAUUGUAGCUUUGUAAAGGGAACAGGGUCUCCUAGCAACUCUCAUUACCCUUAAUGAACUACAGGAUGCCUUGGGGGAAGCCAUGAUUGUUUAAAGUGGAGCAAUGCUGCUUUAAACAUAGCACAGGUCAAGGCCGUAUUGUAUUUAUUAAUUGGUAAAAGCUGCCUCUUUUGCUGUUUGCUCUAGAAGGCAAGAUAUAAAUGCAUGAGUUAAAUAAUUAAAAAUCAUAUUUUUAAAAAGACAACAAAUUCUUUAGGUUUACAAAAUGUUGCUUCAAUAUCUUUUCAGUCAUAUAUGAAAACUGGCAGAUUGUAAUACCUAAGGUCAAGCUGAUAAAUGAAAAAGAGGCCCUGCUAGAGCAUAAUUGUGUUACACUAACAAGGGAUUAUUUAUUUACUUGCGUUCUGAACUCUCUUGUCCCAUUUGGUUCCUAUUCUGGUAUCAUGCUCUGAGGCAAAGGAGUGUAAAGAGAAGUUUGGGUUUUGCAUAAGGAUGAGUCAUAAAUUCUGUGUGAAUUUGAUGACAUCAUACGGACUGGGAAAAUUUACAAUGUUCGGCAGAGGUAACCACUGAGAGAAUUUUUUGUUGUUAUAUCUCAUUAUGCUCAGGUGAAUGCCAAGCACAAACCAACAAAAUAUAUUUGUGACUGAGCCCUGCUCAAAUCCAUGAUACUGAAGUGUGGAGUUAAAUACUUACAGGGACUCCAGAUGGGACCCAAUAUCAAUUUUGUUUUUUUAAUUGUUUAAAUACAUGUGGUUUUUUUAUUGUCCCCCGGGGACAGAACGCGCCAGAGAAGUGGGGAGAGUGGAAAUGGCUGGUAACAUCAUCACCGCUCCGCCUAGUCCAUUCAGGGGGAGCCCUUCACACAUGGAGGCAGGCCAACCCCCCCCACCAAUCCAUGCUAACCAACCCAAUUGUGAUUGCGCAAACCGCCAGCCAAAUGGACAAUUCCCUGCCAGGCAGACCGCAGGUGCGGUCAACCCUACUCGGCGGUGGGAGCUCAGGCUAGUAUUCCUCAAAUUGCCAUAACACCCAGCCCAGGCAUGCCCAGCCUCUUGGCCCCUGGAACGGGUUCAGACCCAACGUGCCUCCAGAAAACUUACAGGACUCCAAAUCCAGCCAGUCACCCCUGGCUACUGGUCAUGUAUACAGUUGCUGGGAGUCCAAUAAUACCUCAAAAAGAGUGGCUAAAUGAAGUUGGGAGUAAAUAAUUAAUGGCACCCCUCCCAUCAAACAAUUUUGUGACUGGGGUAGGGGAGUAAACUCUUCAAGGGAGGGCGAAGCCAAAUUAUUUUGCAUUAAAAACAAACAAACAUGACUAAGUGUGGAAACCUGGAAAACUGAAGUUAAGAUAGAUAAAAUGAUAAACUGGGGGGGAGGGGACCAAAAUUGACAGAUUAUCCAGUUCCUAGCUGCACUACCAAUGAUUGGUAACAGUAUUAGGCAGAAUAAUUUCAUUUACAGACUCCACACACAAUUGAAAGCUGCAUUUUUUUUGUUAAAGUUGAUUUCUUUCUUCCCAGGAGAACACUGAUGACAAAGUCUCUGCAGAGCCCUCUGAAAUAUGCUACGCUACCCUUGACCAUAUUAUUAGAGGAAAUGACAUUAAAGGACACAAAACAAGCACUACCACCAUCUAUGAAGAUGUCAUCAUUAUUCCGAAAAGAGUGAGCUCUUCCAGCUUCCAGUACAACAGUGACUAUGAUGAUGUUGUGAAAGAUUAG